GUUUCAGACACAAAAUGGAAGAGGAUAGGAGUAUAACACCGUUUUCCUCGUUUGCAGAACGUUUGACAGUCAAUUUGUGGCAUGCUCAGAGAAAUGUAGAAAGAGUCACAUUAUAUUUACAAGAACCCCGACAUGUCGAAGAUAUCGCAGGAAGUAUGGAAGAUGAGUGGGAUUGUAUUGAAGAGUGCGUAAAUCGCCGAAAAGGCAGUGAUCGCCUCCGAACUGCAUCUGUCGCCAUCAUCAUGUGUCUACAUUUGGGAGUCGAUCCACCAGAAGCUCCGUCUCGAAAAGAUGCUCCUUCUCGUCUUUUAUCAUGGGUUGAUCCAUAUAAAUGUGGUGCACACAAAGCAGCCAUAGAGAUCGGAUUGAGCACUCAAAGGGCUUAUGAAAAGUGGCAACCAAAAUCAAAAACUCGAUAUAAAAUUUGUACGGAUCCGCCUAUCGAUGACGUGAGAAAAGUUGCAACAAAUCUUCGAAGAAUCAGUGGAAAUGAUCGAGUUCUGUUUCACUACAACGGACACGGUGUACCGAAACCAACAGAUAAUGGAGAAAUUUGGGUAUUUAAUAAAAGCUUCACCCAAUAUAUUCCAUUGUCAAUAUUCGAUCUACAAGGAUGGCUUGAUUAUCCCACAAUUUAUAUCUGGGAAACUCAUUCAGCUGAGACAAUUCUUCAUAACUAUCGACGAUUUGGAGAAGAUCAGAAAAUAUCCUGGCAAAGUAGGUUUGAUCGAUGGCAAGAGGAACAGAGGAAUCUACCACCAAUCUCAUCAAAAAUGACAGAUGCUGAUCAAGCAGAAGCAUUAGGUUUUCCAGAGAAAUAUCCCAGAUAUAAUGAUUGUAUCCAUCUAGCAGCAUGCAGUGCCGGUCAAUGGCUUCCAAUGUCGAAUCCUCAUCUGCCAGCUGAUCUAUUCACUUCCUGUCUAACCACGCCUAUCCGAACAUCACUCGCAUUUCAUUUGAGUCAUUCGGAGCAUCGUGAUGAGUAUCCGGAAAACAUUUUGGACAUGAUUCCUGGAAAUCUUGCUGAACGAAGAACUGUGCUCGGAGAGCUCAACUGGAUAUUCACUGCCAUCACUGACACAAUUGCAUUCACUUCAAUAGAUCGUGACUCGUUCCAAAAACUUUUCCGUCAGGAUCUACUUUUGGCAACUCUGUUCAGAAGUUUCUUGCUUGCACAAAGAGUUAUGUCAAAGUUCAAUGUUUUACCAGUUUCGCAGCCUCCUCUGAAAGACACAUCAAUGCAUGAUUUAUGGAGAUGCUGGGAUCAAACAAUGGAUAUGGUUCUAGACUAUUGUAGAGAAUUGAUUUAUGUCAAAGAAUGCGAAAGAGCACUGUUUUGUGGAAGAGAUGUUAUUAAUAGAAGCAAUGUGUUCCCGUUUUUAGUGCUCAUUGACUUCGAACAUGUGCUGACUUACAAUGAGACCCACCAGUACAACACAUUCUUCACAGAACAACUACAAGCUUUUGAACUUUGGCUAGACUACGGUGUUGACGAAGGAACACCUCCACUCCAACUUCCGAUGGUUCUUCAAGUACUUCUGAGUCAGGCACAUCGUGUCAGAGCUCUACGAUUACUUGCACGAUUCCUUGAUUUUGGUAGAUGGGCUAUCGGAUAUUCACUUGCCGUUGGAAUCUUUCCAUAUGUUCUGAAGCUACUUCAAAGCAAUAUUAGUGAUUUGAAAAUCUCUUUAGCGUUUAUUUGGGCAAAAAUUCUGGCAGUAGAUCCAUCGUGUCAAAUGGAAUUAUUCAAUGAGUGUAUCGAUGAAUCAGCAACACAACAACAAUCACCAGCACAAUCACAACAACCAUCAGUUGCAUUGAAACCAUCAUCCAUGUUUGCAAAUCAUCCACCACCUGCACAAUUAACAAUGGAUAAACGUGCACUUCAGAUUAAUACUCAAACUGGCGGAAGAUUUCAAACUAAUCAGAAUCAGGCAUUGGAUAUGCAAUUACAAUAUGCUCAACAACAAGCUCAUCAGAGGCAAAUGGAUCCAUCAGGAGGACAACAUUCACCAAAUGCUCAGCCUAGACAACCACAACCACAGCAACCACAACAACUACAACAGCAACCAUCACAGCAACAACAACAACAAUCUAGACAACCGCAAGGAAUUAUGAAACCAACGAAUGCACAGCCACAAGAAAAGAAGACAAUGCUUCGUUUUCAAUAUUUCCUUCAACUUCUCGGCGAUCCUGAAAUCAAACCGAAACAGAAAACUGUUGCUGCAUUCGUACUUGCUCAGCUAACAUCCAAUAAUUUCAAACUGGCACAGAAAGAGCUCACCAAUAAGGGAUACAUGGGAAUUUGUACGGAAUUGAUGGUCGAUGAUACUGCGAGAAGCGUCAAAUUGCUGAAACUGUGGAUUCUGAUUGGAUUGGGUCGUCUGUGGUCAGAUUAUGAUGUAGCCAGAUGGCAGGGUAUUCGAUUAAUGGCUCAUGAUAAAAUGAUUUUGGAAUUGAGUGAUGAAUCAGCAGAAGUUCGUGCAGCUGCUGUAUUUGCACUUGGAAGCUUAUUGAGGAACUCUUCGAGAUCAAAUGAGCAUGCAUCAGCAGUUGAAGAAAAUCUAGCAGGAGAACUAUGUUCCCAGUGUGUGUUUGAUAGUUCUGUUCUUGUGAGAGAAGAACUGAUUGUUGCUCUUCAAUGGUUUGUGUUUGAUUUCGAGAAACGAUUCGUGAAAUUCUUACUGGAACUAUCGAAUCAAAUUAAGUUCAAACUUCCACGAAAACGAAAUUCUUCUGAAAAUCUCAGUGAACAAGGAUUGGAUAUUGCUGCAGAAAUGCCAUCAAAUCAUCGACGACCUCGUGCUCCACCAGUCAACGAAUUCAUGCAACCUUCAGUUAUUCGAAAGAAAAUGUCGACAAGUGUGUUCAGUACAGCUGUUGAAGAAACUGUGCAUGAAGACGGAAUAGGAAAUGUUUACCACAUUGCACAUGAAGCUGGAAAUCGUGUUGAACAAGAAUCUGAAGAUAUUGAGUAUAGAGAACGAGCAAAAGUACAGAUCAAGCACUUGGAAGCGAAAACAUUCAAUGAAGCCGUUGCUAAAACUUGGUUGUCACUUUUAAUAUUGUCAUUGGAUCCUAUUGAGAGGGUUGCCCGAAUGGCUCAAAAAAUAGUGCAUCGCGUCGAAGCAGGAAUGCCCGAAAUGCAAGCCAACAUUGACAAUACAAUGGCUCAUCUCAGUCGAAAAAUGAUUGCUCGUAAAAAUUCGAAGGCGACUGUCGAAAUGCCACGUAAACCAGUUGGACCGUCAGAAGAAGUUAGCACACUUUCAGAACGAAUAAAACGAAAUUUAGAAGUUGAAAAAGUUGUCGAAAUGAUUCCAGAGUCUGGAGUCUCUGCCGAUGGAAUUGACUUCACAAAAUUAAAUAUGCAAAAAGCGAAGGAACAAAGAAAAGGAGGAAAAGGAGGACAAAUCAAGAAGUUACAGGAUGAAUCAAAAGUCAAAUUUCAAGUUGGAAGCCCUGGUGAUGUAAAUCAACAACAUAAAAACGCGUUGUCUCCUGGUAGUUCGUUCACAGAUGAAACACAAAGCAGUGAACUUUUUUCCAAAGACGACUCUUCCGAUGACGACGAGAACAAAUCAGCCAACGAUGAGAAGGAUCGGGCAACAACUGCUUCAGGAAAAACUGUCAAAGGAGCUUUUCGAAAAUCAGACAUCAUGGAUGCAGCUUUGAUGGAGUUCACACCACGACGAACAAAAGCAGUUCCUGGAGAUUUUGCAGUGAAAGAAGAAUCAAAAACGUUACGAACUGUAAUAGAAAAUCCAAUUGUCUCAACACAAUUCGUUGCAUGGUGUAGUAAAGUAUUUGUUGAACCAAUUCUUCAUGUAAUCACACUUGACGAAGAAAAAUCAGAAGAUUGGGAACAUGAAGAUGAGGAUGAAUUUAUGCCAGAACAAUUUCGAGAAAAAAUCAAAGAUAUUCAAAAACAGGAUCGUAAAAUGCAUGAAGAGAAAAGAGCAAGAGACAAAAAAGAAGGAAAGAAAGAGAAAAGCCAAGAGGAUGUCGUUGUCACGACAACAACAAUCAGUGAUUGGGCGAUUCAUGCAAUGGAAGGAAUGUUGCAAAGUGCAGAUAUUGAGGGAAGAGACUUCCAGAGUUGUAAAUAUGAUGAAUGUCUCUGGAGAGUUAAGCUUACUCAUCCUGCUCGAUCGCUAACCACUUCAAAACUGAGAAGGUGCAUGUAUGCAUCAGAUGGUCGAUUGAUGACAAUUAUCCGCCAAGACACAGAUACUCGUUCCUUCCGAAGAUUCGAUUUGACUGCUUCAAAUCCAUUCUGCCCAUCUUAUGUAUCUCAAUUGAUUCUUAUUAACGAUAUGUCACGAGAAAUGGUUAUCGCGUGUAGUACAAAUGGUGUAGUUCGAAUCUGGGAUCCAUAUUUUCUCGGAUGGUGUGAUGACUAUGAAAAGCCUCCAGAACUCGUAUCAGCAUCAUUUCCACUGGAAUCACAAAUGAAAAUUAGUGAUGAAACGAAUCGAUGCCUCUUUGAUUGGAAUCAGCAAAACGGAAAGCUUCUGUGUACCGGCACAAGAAGUGUCAGAAUUUGGGAUGCACACUGUGAGAAAGUAUGUCACGAUGUGAUGUAUUCUCCAGGAAGUAAACAACAGACAGGACCAGGAGCAAAACUCAAUACAAAUACUUUACCGACAGCAAUGUCUGGAAAUCUGGAUGAAGAAGGAAAUAUGGUUGCAGUCGGUUAUGCUGAUGGUCGAGUCGACUAUUUUGAUAUGCGAAUGGCUAAUCCAAAAGCUGCACGUUGUAAUCUUGCUCCUGUAAAUAUGUCAAAACAGUUUAAUGAUCGACCACCUGGAAUUAUGCAUUUGAGAGUUAAUAGACAAGGUUUUGGUACUGAAUUAUUUGCUGGAAGUCAAGAUGGAAGUAUCUACAAGUUACAACUUAGAAUGUUUAAGGAAGCAACUCCAUCAAUCGUUACUCCUUGGGAAUACGGAGCUCAUUCUCAUAUGUUUGUUCACGAAGAUUCCCGAAUUCUUGCAAGUGCUGGUGGUGGAGAAUUAGCAAUCUACGACGUUGCUCAAAAUAAGCUAAUGGCUCGUAUCUUACCACCCGGAGAGCCCAAUUCAAUGAGGAGAGAUAAAAAUUCAAGCACAUUUGGAUUGUUCAGCUCACAAAGGAAACUAUCACAAGUUCAAAUGAGUGGAAGAAUGUCAUCGAUGUCUUCAGCAACAGUUGGAGAAGAUCGACAACCAAAAGUUAUUUCAUUGACAAUGCAUCAAAUGAGACUGCUCACUGUCGCUGGAUACGAUGACAAUACAGUUUGUGUAUAUGGAUCCCCGAAACCCGGACUUACAGGCCACUACGAAAACACCCAAGGCGCCAGUUCCCCUCCCUCCCAAUCACUGUAAAUCUCCUCUGUAAAUUAUUUGAAUUUGUAGUUUCUAAAACCGUUACAGAAUACUUUAGGAUGUUUCUCCAUUGUUCUACAUUUAGAUUCUUUUAGACUUGAAAAAAAAACUACAUGAUUCUUUCUUUUCGUUUUCCUACUUCAUCUACAGUGCCUUAUUAAUUUCUUUUUUGAAAAACCCCUAAAUUCUAUUACCCUGUAAAUACUAGCAACCUAGUAUUUGUAUUUUGUGUUGUUCAUUAAUAGUAUUUAACCCACUUUUUUUGAAAACUUCUUCUAACUACCUGCUCAGCUAUCUAUUUGCCACCAUUUUCAUGUCUUGUUUUGCCAAUGUUGUUUCUUUAUAUCCUAUAUUUUAUUUUUCACCCUUUGUAGGAAUAGAUAAAGUUACAAACUUUAAAAAAUAAUGUAAACACAAUGUUAACAAAUUUUAUUAAAAUAAGAAUG